AUGUCCACCGGCAAGGAGGCUUCCGUGCCGAGUGACGCGGCGGCCACGGACAGACUCAACGGCAGCGUCGGCGCCGCUGCCAAGCGGCCGCGCGACAGCGAGGGCGCGGAGCGCUACGGCGGACCUGCUUCAAACCCCAAGGCGGAGGCGCUGAGCGAGAAUCUGGGCUGCGCGCACGCGCAUGGCUGCUGCGAGAGCUCGGAGGCGGAGCUUGCUCGACGAGAGCUGCUCGAGCUCAUCACUGCGCCCGACGCUGACGGCACUUGGAAUAUGACUCGGGCGAGGAUGCGUCAGCACGAGUACUAUUUCAUCGUGCAGCGCAGGCUGGCUCGCCACUACUGUUGGCUGGAGCUCCUCUCCCGCCCGACGUCGAGCCGCUGCUGGGUGUCGGCCGCGCAUCUCCUCACGAGAGAGUUUGACGUUCUUUUCUCGUGA